AUGGCGGAUUCCGUAGCAGAGCAAAGAAGACUGGCACAGCUCGAGAAACAACGAUCCAAAGAUGUUGAAGAAUUGCAACGACGAAAGAACGAAAUCCAAAAAAGCUCAAACGUAAAAGUCGGAUCAGACCGCUUCGUCUCUCACACCAACGAUGCAGACGAUGAGCUCAAGAGACAAACUGUCGGCCUAGUCAGACUAGAAGACUUUCAACGUAUACGAGACAAUAUUGAUAAAGCUCGUCAAGAUGAAUUGGAAAAGGGCAGAUCAAUUGACAAGGUAUCUAAAAAGAAGAGAAAGCCUGAAUCUAAGGCCAAGCUAUCAUUUGGCGACGAUUUAGAAGAAGGUGGUGAUGGGGGAGCUGAUGUGGAAGAUGAUGACGAACGAACUUCCAAAAAACUGAAAAAGAAUCCACACGUCGACACUUCCUUCCUCCCAGAUCGUGAACGAGAAGAAGAAGACCGUCGUGAACGUGACAAUCUGAAACGAGAAUGGGAGCAAGAUCAACAGAAAAUUAAAGACGAAGCAGUUACGAUAACAUACUCGUACUGGGAUGGCUCCGGACAUCGUAAAUCGGUUGAAGUGUUGAAGGGAGAUACGAUUUCCAAGUUUUUGGAAAAGUGUCGUUUGCAAUGGCAUGAAUUGAGAGGUGUUCAUGUGGACAAUCUCAUGUAUGUGAAAGAAGAUCUUAUUAUACCGCAUCACUAUACAUUCUACGACUUUAUCAUAAACAAGACUCGCGGGAAAUCAGGUCCACUCUUCAAUUUCGAAGUCAAAGAUGACGUUCGACUAAUAAAUGAUGCGACUAAAGAAACUGAAGAUAGCCACGCUGGCAAAGUAAUGGAGCGUUCAUGGUACGAACACAACAAGCACAUAUUCCCAGCUUCAAGAUGGGAAAUAUUCGAUCCUCAGAAAAUGUAUGGCAAAUACUCUGUCAAGGACAUGAACAAGAUGAAGUUGGAACAAGAACUCUUAAAAGAUGCUUUGCUGUACAAGUGA